UCGGACUUUAGCGGGUUCACUUUGGACCUCGAUUCGGCAGUGGCGCUGAACAGAUAAGCUUUGUUUUGAUACACGAACGGUCCAUUAUCAGAGAAUCUCGGCUUUUAUAAGAGGAACCGGCUCGGAACAACCAACAUCUCGGACAGCCGUGGCUCCGACUUCGAUGGCGGAUAACAUCAUAAUUCUAGAGGAUGACGAGGAGAGUCCUCCAGCUACCGCCUCUGUGUCUUCUGCCAAAACCGUUUCACCCCUGAAAGCUCAGCUGCCAGUGGCCACCCACAUUACUCAGUCUCCUUUUGCUUCUGCCAAGAAGCAGAAACAUGUCCUGCAGGCAGAGAACCAGAAGCUGUUCAGUGAGUUCCUGGAGCACUGCUCAGCUCUCACCACGGACUGUCCCGAGGUGUUGACUUUCCUCCAGAACAAGCACGACAAGGCCUGCCCCGACUUUCUGUCGUCUGUGGAGUUCAGGAACACCCUGGGGCGAUGUUUGACUCGCGCUCAGGCCAACCACUCCAAAACCUUCGUCUACAUCAAUGAACUGUGCACCGUCCUCAGGCAACACGGCGCCAAGAAGAGGCAGACCCUCACCAAAGUCCAGCCGGGGUCUUCUACCUCCCCCGCCAACACUCUGCAAGCUACCUCUGUUUCUCUCAAGUCGGGAGGGAAGACGGACGAGGAGGGCGAGGCCUCAAAGCGGACAGCAGAGGAAGAGCAAGCUUCCACCUCAGGACUGCAGGAGGACACUGACCAAAAUGAGAAGAAAGCCAAGAGGGCGUCCAGGAAACAGAUAGCGUAUCUGGAAAACCUGCUGAAAGUGUACAACGACGAAAUCUACCGUCUGCAGCAGGCCGAGCUGAGUCUGGACGAGUUGGCAGCUGAGGACUCUUUAUACAUCCAGGAGCACAAGCUUAAACGAAAGAUGAUGAAGAUUUAUGAGAAGCUGUGUGACCUGAAGGGCUGCAGCACGCUGACGGGCCGAGUCAUUGAGCAGAACAUACCCUACACCGGCACCCGAUAUCCUGAGAUCAACAAAAAAAUCCAGCGCUUCAUCAACAGCCCUGAGGCGCGGGUCAACCCCCCGGAUUACCAGGACAUCCUCCAGCAGGUGCUGCGGGCCAACGAGCGCCACAACCUGUGCUUGCCAAGGAAGCAGCUGAACCAGAUCGCCCAGGAGGCCUUCAGGGAGACCGGCAGCCGCAUGCAGGAGCGCCGCCACCUCGACCUGGUCUACAACUUCGGCUCGCAUCUCACCGACCAGUACAAGAUCGCCACCGAUCCGGCCCUGUCCAACCCGUCUCUGAUGCACAAGCUGCGGUCGAACAGAGAGACGGCCAUGUCCCGCCUGGAGGAGGUCAUCAACAAGUUCGCAGUGAAGCAGGACGACACGGAGGAGCAGGAGAGGUGCCGGCGGCAGGAGCGAGACGGCAGAGAGGGCCGUAAAACGGAACAGGUGAACGGGAAGGAGGAGGACGAUGACGAGGAGGAGGAGGACGAUGAAGAUGACGAGUCGUCAGAUCCAGACAUAGAAGAAGAGAUCCAGGCCAGCGCGCAGCAGGGCGGAGAAGACGACGACGUCGAGGACGAAGAGAGCAACGAGGCGGAGUCGGCGCGCGCCGGCACGGACAAGGACGACCAGACGGACGACCAGACGGGGAGCCUCUCCGCCGACGAAGAGGAGAGCGGCAAGGACGAGGAGCCGGUCACCAGCAUGCUCAGCCCCGUCUCCGAAGGCGCCAACGUCUCGCCGCUGUCCGACCCGCCCUCCCCCAGGGAGAGCCCCAGCCAGUCGGAGGCGGCGCUGCCCAACGGCGACGCCUGGGGAGCGCGGCGGCCCGCCGACUCCUCCAAUCACGGCCCGGCCGAGCACACGGGCGCCGCGCCGGACGCCAACGGGGACGCGGAGCCUCCCCCCUCGCCGCCACCGCCGUCAGUCACCGUGGAGGAGUGCGACACGCAGACGUCCAACGGGAAGCCGUCGCCGCCGUCCAGCCCGAGAGCCACGAGGAGCCAGAAGAGGAAGAGGGAGCAAAGUCUGUCGAAGUCCUCCCAAAUCUCAGGGACCACAAUCAUCCGCGACACGGAGGUGGACAUCCCGCUGGACAUGGGCGUCUUCUCCUGCGGCUCUCCACAGCGGGUGGAGUCCACUCGGGCCGACACGCCCCCUCAGGAUGUGGUCAGCAGCUCCGAGCCGCUUCCCAAGAGGAUGAAGGUCAGCGUGGGGACGCAGUGCGACCCGGAGGAGAUCAUCGUCCUGUCAGACUCGGAAUGACCUUUGAAUCUUCGCCGAUGAACUCUGAAGGCUCGAGAGCGCCCUCGUCUGGCGGCCCAGAGGAAGAACUCCUAAUAAAAUUCAGUGUAGCUGAAAGUAGUUGAUGAGAUUUUGUGAAACGGGGAGUGGCUCGGGCUCCGGCUGCUCGGGCUCCGGCUGCUCGGCCUCUGCUUUGAGCUGAGGACGCCUCAGUGAGUUCAUGUUGCACACCGCUGGCUCCGCCCCCUCUGUGGCUCCUCCCACUGGGCUGCCGGGGGAGGCAGUGGGGUUUGUUCCGGUCUGGGCGCAGAGCUGGACUUCCUGUCUGCAUGUGAGCCCUGAGCGGGACCGGAUCUGUUUUUAGGUGAAGAUCGGAGCCCGGAGAGACUCGCGGCCCGGACGCUCAGAGGAAGAGAGCAUCAGCUCGCCGCCAGUUUACAUUUUGAUACCGUGCUGAUUCUUAGUUCUUUCUAAUCGUUUCGGUACCUGAGGAGAGGCAGCGAGCCGGACUCUUCCCGGGUUUUUCUCCCAGUUUGAGCACAGAUCAGAGAACGGCGUCCGUGAGGUGGAGCCCAGAGCCCGCCGAUCGUGUUUUCCAGGUUGAGCCUCACAUCUGGACGAAUCAGGUCCCGUCCUCACGAACACUGCCUGACAUGCUGCUCUCUGCUCCUCCAUCCUUCAGAUGUGUUCCUCUGUUUAUUGAAGUUUUCGAGUUUGAGGUGUGAGUUUUCCCCCGUUGCUCCUUGAGGUGACUACUGACUGCUUGAGCUCCGGUGUAAGAGGAGCGCGGUGACGUGCGGGUUUUUUUUUUUCUUCUGACUGAGCCCUUCAACAAUCAUUUCCACUCUGAUCCAGAUGAUGGAGUGACCUUUGCUGCCAUCUUUGUGCGCUCACAAAGGUCAUCAGUUUCUGUGAAUUUU